AUGUCUUCAACUCGGAAGUUCCCUACAGUUGAUAUUGAAGCAAAAGACGACAUGGUGAAUGAGCAUACUACCAACAGCGCCCGCACAAACAAUACAUCUGCGCCUGCACCGCCCAAGCUGGCCCCUACCUCUAGCGCCAAUAUGCCCUUGUCGGACGUGAACAUCGCGAGCAACACUCCACGCCUUGCAUCUCCCUUGCACACACCCUCAACACCCGGCCAUUUCAUCAACCAAGAGCCAAACCCGACGUCCUUGUCCCGCUCUCCAACUCUCGUUUCUAGCAUCUUCCCGACCGAGCUACCUCUCCGCACCCCGCCUCGCCCUUCGCUCAUCAGCCGUGUAUUCAGCCUAUCACCGCCGUCUGCGCAUGCAGCUCGCGCUGGAAAUCGCGAACCUCGCACUUUUCAUACACCGGACAUUGAGAUGGGUAGGCAGGAGCGCUUGACACAUGUCUUGCAGCGAGAUGAGAGGGCCAAGAAGAUCAAGAAGACCAAGUUUGUGUUGCUGCUAAUGGGUGGGACGACGCUUUGUUUAGCGAUGGGUGUAAUGGUGUUUUUGAUUGUGAAGUUUUCGGCGGAGGAUGAUGGACAUUAG